CCUAAGUAAAUUGUGUAGUAAAAAGAAAACACUGACCUACACCUUCCACAUUACAUGCCAGAAACAGAUCAGAACAAGACAUCCAGCAUAUGUGCAAGACUAAAAACAAAAACAAAACCUAAAAAAAAAAAAAAAACAAAAACAAAUAAACGGGCGCCAAAACAGCACACACACUCAGUAUGGGGCGCACACAGCGGCACAGACAGCGUCGCAAUUUACAAACACCAACACCAACAUCUACAACACUUGAUAAUGCUUUGCACGUGCUCUAUGGCCAACUUCAUGCGCUGGGCUGGCGCAAUGAAACUCGUCUAUCAGCUUUGACUUUCCCACAAACCGGACGCGGGCUGUGCUCCAAGACUAAAAGUUUCCAGGCAGACGAUGAGUUGAUACGUCUGCCCGCCAGCUGCCUAAUUAGCAUAGCCACACUGGAGGCGGAUGAAGGAUUCAAGCAGCUCUUUAAUAGGAAUUUGUUUGACAAGGAUGCACGCAUAUCCUUUCAAGCUCUUGUGGCCUGCUAUCUAAUGUAUCAGAGACAUCUGUAUGAGUGCACAAAGGAUUCUCCAUGGUCUGCCUAUUUGGACACUCUACCCAGCAGCUAUACGACUCCCUAUUUCUGUGCUAUCAACGAGCUGCAGUGCCUGCCCGAUGCAUUGCUUGAGCGCACAGUGGCGCAAAAUCGUCAGAUACGCGAGUAUUAUCAAGUGCUGAAGACUCUACUAGGCUCACAGCAUUGCGAGUCCUGUGGCAAUCGCUACUGCGAGGACAUCUGGGCGUUGGCGGAAUACAAAAUUGCCUACUUUACUGUCAACACGCGCAGUGUCUACCUUGAUGCAAGGCAACUGAAGCAGUCCAACAAGAGUCAUUUCCAACCGCUGCUUAAUGACAGCUCAAACUUAGCUCUGGCGCCUUUUCUGGAUCUAUUCAAUCAUUCUGACAGCGUGCGGACCACAGCGCAGCUCUACAGUAAAAGUCAGGAGUAUGUCCUUACUCUGGAAGCCUUCACAAAACCCAUACUUAAACCAUAUGAACAGCUCUACAUCAGCUACGGCGCUCUGCCCAAUUUGAAGCUAAUCACCGAAUAUGGCUUUUAUUUGGAGCACAAUGCGCACGAUUACUUCGAAUUCUCGCUGCAGGACAUUGAGCGGCUCAUCGCGCACAACAAGGAGCUGGCAGCGCAGAGCUAUCAUCGCAAUAUAUUUAAGUUCAUCAGGGAGCAUAAUCUAAUGGAUCAGAUGUUUGUGCACAUCCAGGAUGGCUGCUCGCACAAUUUGCGUGUCGUGUUACACCUAAUCUUCAAGCAACAGGCGUAUUUUCCCAACGUGCUCAAUCAAAUUGCCUUCGGCGAUGUUGAGCAAUUCGAUAAUGUGCAGCCGGAGCUGAGCUACUUGUUGGCUUAUAAAGUUAACGAGUAUCAGGGAUUUGUAAAUGCACUGCAGCAGCAGCCACAGCUCACGGAGAGCGGAACUGUUGCACUUGGCUACCUGAUAGAAUGUCUACGUUACCUACGCGACUUUGAGCAGGCUCAUAGUUAAGGCUAACUGAAUUUUCUUUUAUACAAUAAAGUACAAUUUUAUAUAUA